GUCGGCCGAGGCCUUUCCCGCGCGGGGCGGGUCGGGGCGGUGGUUAGAUGGGCUGCGGGCUGCGCGGUCCCGGACUCGGUGCGGCGCCGUCAUGACGGAGGGCACGUGUCUGCGUCGUCGAGGGGGACCGUACAAAACCGAGCCCGCCACCGACCUCCGCCGCUGGCGGCUCCGCAAUGAGUUGGGGCGGCAGACGUGGACGUACUUCCCAGGGGAGGAGGACCCUGGCAGAGAACAGACCGGCCUGGAGGCCCACUCCUUGGGACUGGACACCAGGGCUUACUUUAAGGACUUGCCCAAAGCUCACACGGCCCGCGAGGGGGCUAUGAAUGGAAUGACAUUCUUUACGAAGCUACAGGCCGAGGACGGACACUGGGCAGGCGAUUACGGUGGUCCACUCUUCCUGUUGCCAGGCCUCCUGAUUACGUGUCACGUGGCACACAUCCCUCUGCCAGCCGGAUACCGAGAAGAGAUGGUACGCUACCUGCGGUCAGUGCAGCUCCCUGAUGGCGGCUGGGGCCUGCACAUUGAGGACAAGUCCACAGUGUUCGGGACAGCCCUCAACUAUGUGGCUCUCAGAAUCCUGGGUGUUGGGCCUGAUGAUCCUGACCUUGUACGCGCUCGGAACCUUCUCCACAAGAAAGGUGGCGCAGUGGCCAUCCCCUCCUGGGGGAAGUUCUGGCUGGCGGUCCUCAAUGUUUAUAGCUGGGAAGGACUCAACACUCUGUUCCCCGAGAUGUGGCUGCUUCCUGCAUGGAUGCCUGCGCAUCCUUCUACUUUGUGGUGUCACUGCCGGCAGGUCUAUCUGCCCAUGAGCUAUUGCUAUGCCACACGGCUGAGUGCCAGGGAGGAGGAUCUGCUGGUACAGAGCCUCCGCCAGGAGCUCUAUGUGGAGGACUAUGCCAGCAUCAAUUGGCCAGCACAAAGGAACAAUGUUUGUCCUGAUGACCUGUACACGCCACACAGCUGGCUGUUGCAUGGGGUGUACGCGUUCCUCAACCUGUACGAGCGCUUCCACAGCACUGGCCUGCGUCGGAAGGCCGUCCAGACACUGUACGAGCAUAUCGCUGCUGACGACAGCUUCACCAAGAGCAUCAGCAUCGGCCCGAUCUCGAAAACCAUCAACAUGCUUGUACGCUGGGCUACAGAUGGGCCAGUCUCCCCUGCCUUCCAGGAGCAUGUCUCUAGGAUCCCAGAUUACCUCUGGCUGGGUCUCGACGGCAUGAAAAUGCAGGGCACCAAUGGUUCACAGAUCUGGGAUACGGCAUUCGCCAUCCAAGCAUUGCUGGAGGCAGGUGCCCACCACAGACCUGAGUUUCUGCCCUGUCUGCAGAAGGCACACGAGUUCCUGAGGCUCUCACAGGUCCCGGACAACCCUCCUGACUAUCAGAAGUAUUACCGCCAGAUGAGAAAGGGCGGUUUCUCCUUCAGCACGCUGGACUGUGGUUGGAUCGUUUCGGACUGCACAGCUGAGGCCUUGAAGUCUGUGCUGCUCCUGCAGACACGUUGUCCUUCUAUCACUGAGCACAUCCCCCCAGAGCGGCUCUGCGACGCAGUGGCUGUGUUGCUGAGCCUGAAGAAUUCUGAUGGAGGCUAUGCCACCUAUGAGACCAAGCGUGGGGGCUACUUGCUGGAGCUGCUGAACCCCUCGGAGGUCUUCGGGGACAUCAUGAUUGACUACACGUAUGUGGAGUGUACUUCAGCAGUGAUGCAGGCUCUGGUCUGUUUCCAUAAGAACCACCCGGACCACAGGGCGGCGGAGAUUAGGAAGGCCCUGGAGCAAGGCCUGGAGUUCUGCCGACACAAGCAGAGGGCUGACGGCUCCUGGGAGGGAUCCUGGGGAGUUUGUUUCACUUACGGCACCUGGUUUGGCCUGGAAGCUUUCGCCUGCAUGGGCCAUGCCUACCAAGAUGGGACUGCUUGUGCAGAGGUGUCCCGGGCCUGUAACUUCCUGCUGGGCCGGCAGAUGGCGGACGGAGGCUGGGGGGAGGACUUCGAGUCCUGUGAGCAGCAGCGCUACGUGCAGAGCGCCCGGUCCCAGGUCCACAACACAUGUUGGGCCCUGAUGGGGCUGAUGGCUGUCAGGCACCCUGACGUUGCUGCUCAGGAGAGAGGAAUCAGGUGUCUGCUCGCCAAGCAGCUUCCCAACGGUGACUGGCCUCAGGAGAACAUCUCUGGGGUAUUCAACAAAUCCUGCGCCAUCAGCUACACGAGCUACAGGAACAUCUUCCCCAUCUGGGCCCUGGGCCGCUUCUGCAACCUGUACCCUGAGAGAGAGCUCGCUGGUCGCCCCUGAAGACGCGCCUGCUCGUGCUGCAGCUGGCAGGCGGGCGCUGUGGUCAUGCAGGCCCGGACGAGACUGGUGCUUCUUGACUGGGUGGUGGGAUGCUCUUAGCCCUACUCCAGCCUUGUUUUCCAUUUCUGGAGAUGUGGGACAGAGGCGGGCCCAGUGACUUGUGACACUUGAAUGUCAGUGCAAGCGUAGUGAGAUUAGCUAAUGUGAGGAAGGGACCAAAGUAAAGAGAUGCCGCACUCUGCAGCUCCCAGGUGCAGGCCCCUCAAGGAGUGCAGCGGGGGUUCCUGACCAGUAAGUGUCUUUGGGAAGGGAUCAGCUGGGCCACUUCUCUUCCUGCCUUGUGCUGUUUUAGAAUUGGCCCUGGACCAGGCUUCUCUCAGGCCAGUGCUCCUGCGUCUUCUGUUGCUGGGCUGAGGGAGGUACGACAACCCUAUGAUGCUGGCAUGUGUGGGAAUGGCCAAAGGAGAGUAAGCAAGCUAGGGCCCUUGUUCACCGUGCCUCAGACAGUGGCUACUGUCCCUGAAAGUGCUGCUAAAAGCCACUUACGGUCACCAUUUAGUCCUGGAUUUUCUUGAGGCUGUGUGGUAGGGAGCUUACCCCUAGGUGGCAUGCCUGCACGCAGUGUAUGGCAUCAGCCUGGGACCCGGCAUCCUCAUCUCUGGAAGCACAGGCACACAGGAAACGGAGGGUAACUAACAAGGGUGGAAGACAUGGUGGUUGUGGUUUCAGCCAUGGGGCACCACUGCAGCAGGGACAGCUGUCCACGCCCAGCUCACCACUUGUGCGUGCUGAACUGACCAGGCAGGUUUAGCAGGACACCCCAAGGCCACUGCCAACACUUGUGCUAAGUGUGUGCUGUGAGUUCAGAUGAGAGCCAUGUUUCUGGGGUGAUGCUUCUUUGAGUGAACUGAAUUUCUCCUGGCUUAUGUGAGGCUAUGGCUUUCUCAGCCAGCCAUGGUGAGCAGGGGCCAGCCCGGAGCCUUCUCGGUCUAUUCCCCUGAACCCUGCUGCCUUCUGGGCAGGUGGCAACCCCAGCCUCCUCUGACCCCUGCCCUCCUAGACUGGGAGCUUUCUGGUGCCACUCUGAUUCCUUCCUCUGUGCUCAGGAGUCUGUAGGGCUAUCCUCUGCCAUCUGCCUCCGGUCCAGCCUUCAUUGCCCACCUCCUGUGCUGUUCCUGCGCAGACGUCCCUGUCACCGUUCUGCUAAACACAGGACAGGUGGAUCACGGCCCCUGCCGGAGCAGCGGCAGCUGUGCUGGGAACUCCAGCCCCAACCAACCACUGAACAAACAGAUUCUCCAGAGAGGCAAUCAAGCCCAUUUGAUAUGACACUGUCACUUAAAGUCACCUAGGACCAUUCCCUUAAUAAACAUUUGAUCCCCUUA